AUGACUGACGAAAUCAGAGUGGUUGGCGAUUGGUCGAAUCUGCAGUUGCGGAACCCGCAGUUCCGGAACCGCAGAAGCGGAACCCUGCAGAUGCGGAACCCUGCAGAUGCGGAACUCGCUGAAUCCGAGGACAGGAUACAGAAAGCUUGCGGUAACCGAGAAGUACGGCCUGGCCCAAGCCCUUACCUCGCUGACCUGUGGAUUUCUGUGUCUUUUGACCCUUCCUGUGCCCAUGAAGGGACCACAGAGACGGGAAACUUCCGCUCUUGGUUACAGAACUCAAUCACCUUUGAGGAUGUGGCCAUAAACUUCACCCAGAAGGAGUGGGCACUGCUGAAUUCAUCUCAGAGAAGGCUGUACAAAGAUGUGAUGCUGGAGACCUAUAGAAACUUGGCUUCACUGGGAUAUCAACUCAGCAAACCUCCUCUCAUCACCCAUCUGGAGCAGGAAGAUGAAAUGAAGAUAGUAGAGCGAAGAAUUCACCAAGAUACCUGUUCAUAUAAGAUGACUCGCCUUAAAACCAAAGGACCACAGCAAGAACAAGGUAUUUUGGAGAAAUAUACACUCAAUGACAAGAAGGAACAAACUCUUGGAGGCAAUACCAUUCAAUGCAGAGAAAUUGUUGAAACCUUGAGUGUGAAAUCUAGCAUUAUUCAGAAUAAGAGAAUUUACCCAGGCAAGAAACUCCAUCAAUACCCUGACUCUGCAGAAGCCCUUGGUGAAUCUUCACAUCUCAAGUCACAUGAGAGACUUCUUCCUCAGAAAAAAUCAUACAACUGUGAAACAGAUGAAAAUUCCUUCAUCAGGAGCUCUAACUUAGCCAGCCACAAGAGACAACAUACAGGAGAGGGAUCCUAUGAAUGCAGUGACUGUGGGAAAGUCUUAAAUUCAAUCUCACAUCUUAAGAAGCAUGAGAAAACUCACAUUAGAGAGACACCUUUUGAGUGUAGUCAGUGUGGUAAAGUAUUACAGAGCCAUGGGUCCAUUAAGUUGCACAUGAGAACCCACACUGGAGAAAAACCAUUCAAGUGUGAUCAGUGCGGGAAGUCCUUCACCUCAAGCUCUUAUCUUACACGUCACAAGAGAAUUCAUACUGGAGAGAAGCCCUAUGCAUGCCAUGACUGUGGAAAAACCUUCCGAGAUAGCUCACUUCUCAGACAGCAUGCAAGGACUCAUUCAGGAGAAAAACCCUACAAAUGUAAUCAAUGCAACAAAACCUUCAGUAGAAACGCUAGGCUUAUCAUGCACCAGAUAACACAUACUGGAGAGAAACCCUAUAAAUGCAAUGAUUGUGGAAGAACCUUUAGUGUUCUCCUAUACUUUAAACAACAUAAGAAAAUCCACACUGGAGAGAUAGUCACUGAAUGUAGCCUCUGUGGUAAAGCCCUAAAGAGUGAGGCAUCUCUUAAGACACAUAUGAGGAUACAUACUGGAGAGAAACCUUACAAGUGUAAUCAGUGUGGGAAAGCUUUUAGGCUGAGCUCCAACCUUACCACACAUAAGAAAAUUCAUACUGGAGAGAAACCCUGUAAGUGCAAUGACUGUGGGAAAGCCUUCAGGGAUCGCUCAUGCCUUAAAGAACAUGCGAGAAUUCACACUGGAGAAAAACCCUUUACCUGUAAUCAGUGUGGAAGAGCCUUCAGAGUGAAAUCUUUCCUCAUGUUACAUAAGAAAAAUCACAUGAAAAUGAAGUAUGAAUGUAAGGAAUGUGGGAAAACCUUCAGUGGUCUCUUAUCUCAUGGGAGGCAUAUGAAAAUCCAUACCAGGGCCAAGAAGCCUUUUAAGUGCAGUGAAUGUGGAAAAGCUUUUAGCAGACAUGUUUCCCUUACAGUACACAUGAGAACUCACACAGGGGAGAAACCCUAUGAGUGUAAUCAAUGUGGAAAAUCCUUCAGUGUAAAGUGUAAUCUCACUGUGCACAAAAGAAUACAUACUGGAGAAAAACCCUAUAAUUGCAAGAUCUGUGGGCACAGUUUCAGUAAACCCUUACCCUUUCAGCGUCACGAGAGAACUCAUGCUCAAUAAGUCCCUUUUGAUGACAUACAUGUAAAGUAGCUUUCAGGGAACUCUCAAUCUUUAAGGCAUACAACAAAAUGCUAAGUGGAAAGAACUGGUUUUGAAUAAUGUGAGAAGGCCUCUGAAUAAUGCGUAUAUGGGAGAAACCUAAGUUACGCAAUGACU